AUGGAGGCAGUGAGGAUGGCAGCAAUUAUGAGUAAGAACAUGGAGGCAGUGAGGAUGAGCGAAAGAAAGCAAUAUGAAAACUGCGUAAGUUGCCCUAGAUGUGGCUUGUCACGGUGGAAGCUAACCAAAAACAAGGUUGAGAAGAAAGGUGUUCCUGCUAAGGUGGUUUGGUAUUUCCCUCCCAUUCCAAGAUUUAAGCGCAUGUUUAAAUCUUUAGAGACCUCGAGAAAUUUAACAUGGCAUGCAGAUUCUACAAGAGUUGUUGGUCAGUUACGUCAUCCAGUUGAUUCACCGUCAUGGAAGUUGGUGGAUCAUAUGUGGCCUGAAUUUGAAAGUGAGCCAAGAAAUCUUCGCCUAGCACUUGCAGCUGAUGGCAUUAAUCCUCAUAGCAACCUUAGCAGUUGGUACAGCUGUUGGCCAAUCAUGUUGGUCAACUAUAAUUUACCUCCAAAUAUGUGCAUGAAGAGGAAAUACAUCAUGCUAACUAUGCUCAUUUCAGGGCCUAAGCAGCCUGGAAAUGAUAUUGAUGUCUAUCUGGAGGUGCUAAUUGAAGAUUUGCAACGAUUGUGGGAAGGAGUUGAUGGAGUCUAUGAUGCUUAUCGAAGGCAGUUCUUCACUCUUAAAGUAGUCUUAUUAUGGACCAUCAAUGACUUUCCUGCCUAUGGUAACCUUAGUGGAUGUACUACACAUGGUUAUUAUGCAUGUCCAGUAUGCGGAGAAGAUACUUAUGCAAGACACUUGGAAAAUGGGAAGAAAAUGUCAUUUGCUGGCCAUAGAAGAUUCCUAUCACGGUUUCAUCCCUAUCGUAGGCAAAUGAAGGAGUUUAAUGGCAUGGAGGAACUUGAAGAAGCAGUUAGACCAUUAUCUGGGAUUAAGUUGUUUGACAAACUUUCUGACAUAAGGUGUGAGUUUAGAAAGAAGAUAAGUGUGAGAGGGAAAAUAAAGAAGGCAAAGGCUAAUAAGUUGGAAGCCAAUAUAGAAGAAAAAGAUUUAGGAGCAACAAAUUUCAGAAAAUGUUGGAAGAAGAAGUCAAUCUUUUUUAAUAUUCCUUACUGGAAACACCUGCAUGUAAGGCAUUGUCUUGAUGUUAUGCACAUUGAGAAAAAUGUCUUUGAAUCCCUCAUUAAUACUUUGAUGAAUGUUAAAGGAAAAACCAAGGAUAAUGUGGCAGCUAGAUUGGACAUGGUUGAGAUGGGAAUUAGGCCUGAAUUAACACCUAUAGUUGGGGAGAAGAGAACAUAUCUUCCUCUUGCUGCGUGCUCAUUCACAAAAAAAGAAAAGUUGCAAGUGUGCAAGUCAUUAAAGGAUAUAAAAGUUCCAGAAGGUUUCUCUUCGAACAUGAAUAAUAUUGUGUGCAUGGAUCAGUUGAAGUUGACUUGCUUGAAAUCCCAUGAUUGUCAUGUAUUAAUGCAGCAUUUCUUGCCAAUAGUCAUACGUGAUGCACUGCCAAAACAUGUUAGAUAUGCCAUCAUAAGAUUAUGCUUCUUCUUCAAAGAUAUUUGUUGCAAAGUUAUAGAUGUAGCCAAAUGGAUGUAUCCAUUUGAAAGAAGCAUGAAGGUGCUUAAGAGUUAUGUGGGCAGUCGAAAACAUCCUGAAGGUUGCAUUGUUCAGAGAUAUUUAGCAGAAGAAGCAAUUGAGUUUUGUUCAGAAUAUCUUAAUGGCGUUGAUCCUAUUGGAGUCCCUCAAUCAAUUCGAGACUCGAAAGCAAAUAUUUCUGGCUUGCAAGCAUGCAACGCACCAAUUGUAGUGCAACAAGUUGAUCUGCAACAAGCACAUUUGACUGUGCUAGAAAAUAUGGAAGAAGUGGCUGCUGAAAUUGACAGUUACAAUGGUGGAACAACAUCGACAUUAACAUGGUUGGCCCAUGGACCGCGUGUGCAAAUCCUUAAGUAUAAUAGUUAUGUGAUAAAUGGUAAUUUAUACCAAACAAAGGCGCGGGAUGAUGACAGAGUUUGUCAAAACAGUGGGGUUUCUUUAGUUGCCAACACAAUGCUUGUGUGUAGUGCUAAAGAUAAGAAUCCCUUGCUAGCUGAUGUAUCUUACUAUGGAGUGAUUGAAGAAAUAUGGGAAUUAGACUAUCAUCAAUUUCACGUUCCUCUUUUCAAGUGCGCGUGGGUUGCAAAUGAUAAAGGAAUAAUCAACAACGAUGAAUGUGGUUUCACCUUAGUUAAUUUGAACAAACGAGGACACAAGAAUGACGAAUUUGUGCUUGCAAGUCAAGUCAACCAAGUCUUUUAUAUUAAUGAUCCAUUAAAAAAUGGGUGGUCAAUUGUGCUCCCAGUUCCAAAUAGAUGUUAUGAGGGAGAUGAUGAUGAUUGGAGCAGUAUUCCAUAUUCUCGACCAAUCGAUGAUGUUGAUACUCAUUGUAUUCCUGCACAUGAAAGAUAUUUUAGAUCAGAAAUUGAGGGUGUAUGA